AUGGUUCGAGAGAGCGCAAGACUAAAGAACAAAGCGGCCACCGAAGCUGCGUCUGCGGCCACAACUCCGCAAGUUUUACUCGUCAAUCCCACUCUCCGAGAAAAUUGGUCCAACCCAUCUACUCCGGCAGAGUUCAAUGCAUGGAUGGUCGAAACCAAGGCUGCGCUGCUGAAAUGGCUGAAUGAAGCCGCUGCGCAGGCUCGAGAUCCAGAUAUUAGGGAUAAGAUCGACGAAUAUGAGAAAGAAGCUUGGGAACGAUGGCAAGCGUUCGAAGAGGAGACUGAUGUUGAGACGGGGGAGAUACAUGAUCCGAUACGGCGCGAGGAGAUGGAAGAAGCUGUGAUUGCAGAGAGGGUGAAUUGCUCAGAACUACACAAAAGACAUGAGACAUGGAGGAAAUUUGUUGAGUAUCGGCAUGCGCUGCAAGCGUGGGAGGACUUCUUGUACUACCAAAACGUGUGGAAUAGGAGAUAUUACGUACCCGGGAAGAUAUACUCGGAGGUUCCAACUGGGAACAAGGGCCCUGCAUCACUGGAGACACCCAAUGAGAGAGUUGGAGGAGAGGGCAAAGAGCCGGGAGCAAAAGCGCCCAAAAAGACUAAAGGCAAAGCCAAAGCCAAAGAUGCCCCCGUGGGUACUCCGGAUCAAGAAAGCACGAACCGAACAGACAUCGAAUACCACAACCAGCCCUUCCAAGGUAUCUACAACGGUUGGAUGUGGAACAUGAUCGCCCUGUACGAGCAAGCUCGUCUAGGCUAUCGUAAGCGCAUUCCUGCCGUCGUUGCCCCCCAAGAUGCGCAUCGGUACAGUCAGCCGCCCCGUGGUACCAUACCGCAAACCACACCAAGCUACCAACAUCGCUAUCGCCACCUCGAAGAGCGGUUUCCCCGCAGAAAAAGGAAGCAAAUCGAUAUCAACGAGGUCGAGGAACGGUGUCGCAGGAAAGCCGAACGUAAGCUCGAUAUCCGACUCGAAAGAGCCCGUAGGAUGGAGCCGAUCACAUGGAGCAUCGACGAAAAGGCCUACGAGAAAUUAAGAGCCGAGAAGGAAACCGAAUACAGCAAAAACCCACUGACCAUAAACCUCUUACCCGAAGGUCACAAAACCCACCACGGCAGCCUCGAAACAAGUUUCAACUGGCCCACAUCCUUCGACGCCCCCGUCUCCACCAUCCUCAAAACCACAAAAACGCGAGACCACGUCUACGAACCACUCAGCGACCCCGAACACGACCCCUCCGAUCCAAAAAGCAGAAAAAGGUUUCUGGGCUACAAGAAAGACGGAAACGGAGCGCGUAUCAAGAAAAUCGACAAUAGACCACACUACCAGCGCGAAACAACCAUGCAAGAAGGACUCGUCUUCGAACACCAGAUGCGCGCCGAUGGAACGGUAAAAGGGCGAGACCGCACCGGUGAAUGGAUUGGAGAUUGGGUACCGGGUCAGAUAGCUUCCCCCGUUUGGGUAUAUGACGAGGACGGUAACCGUAUCCCUUUACCACCGCGAUACGAAUCGAGGAACAGAUUCUCAACUUUCCUGGUCAAAGAAUCUCAUAUUAGGGAGACGCGGCGCCAGCGACAUGAAGAUGCAGAAAGGGAGUAUGAGUUAUCUGAUGAUGAGGAUGAGGGCUGUGUGCACUCGAAUGCCAACUUCUCGAGGUCGGGGAAUGGGAAUCCGGAACAACUGGGUAAUCCUUGGGCUUCCAACAUCGAUAGCGACGGAGAAGGGGGAGAAGGGGGAGAAGGGGAAGGUGUUGGGCAUCCGGGUGAUAGCGAUGAUGACGAUAGUGACGAUGACGGGGAUUUGUUUGCGGAGUCGUAUAGAGAGUGCUCGGAGAGUCCGGCGACGAGACAAGCGCGGUUUUUGUUGGAGGAUCUGCGGGAGAGGUUUGGUGUGCUUGAGAGCUGGACUGUGGAAAGUGUUAGGAAUUUGCAACGGCCUGGUAAUGAUGGUUCCUUGGUUGUUGGAGAUGAAGAGAUUAUAGAUUGGUAUAAGAGUGACGCGGAGGGGUCGUAG